AUGGUGAAUCAACAAGAAGAACGACCAAGCCCGCUGGGAGUACCAAGAGGCAAUCCUCACAACCCCGGAGGCUACGCCAACAGUAAUCGAGUUGAGGCCUGGGUCAAUAAUCCCUGGGGCCAUCAGCCUGGAUUGCACGACGGAGCACACCCGCGUGGUGGUGAUGGCCGCUGGCAUCGAGGUGGUCGUGGCGGCCAUUCGAAUCGAGGAGGCCGCGGAAAUCAGAGAGGCCGUGAUUUUGGAGGAGACCAAAACUUGGACUUCUACCACAAUCCCUUCAAUCGUGGAAAUCACCGAGGUCGCAACCGAGGCCGAGCUGGCCACUAUCCCCGCGGUAGUCGUGGUCGAGGGAACCUCAGCAGCAAUGGCGGUGGCGUCGACGACUAUGCGAGGGGAAUGGCAGACGCAUUUCGUUUCAUGGGCGCCGGCCAGAACCAAGCCAGCAUCAAGAUUGAAAAAGACAGUGGCGCAUCACAGGAUAACCCGGAUGCUGCUUUGGCAGCCACCCGCGGAAGAACUGGCACAGAUGCAACACCGUCACUGAAUCAAAAUCAGGGAAAGCAGGACACUUUGAAAUCAUCAACGGAUGGGAAUCAAUCUACACUCACCUCAACUGUCACGAAGAGAAAGCGUGGACAGGAUGGUGCGGUUGAGGAUACCCGUGCCGAAGAUGCGGACAAGACAAAUAAGAGGAAGAAGCAGGACAAGCAGGUCCAGGAAAUACAAUACUGCCGUUUGUGUCAUACGCUUGGCCAUUGCGCCAGGAGUGCCUGCAAAGCGACAGAAGUCCACACUUUCAAGAAAGUCAAAUCAGUCUGGGAAGACAUUAUUGGCGAGCUUGACCUGUUCAACCGCCAGCCUCCCGAGACGGAUUUGGUGCAAGCUCAGCAUGCCGUGUAUAGCUGGACACAGUGUUGGGCAAAGGACGUGAACGAGUACAUUCACGACCGAGAUGCGUAUUGGACUCUUCUUUCAA